AUGAUACAUGGUCCCUGUGGAACUCUUAAUCAAAAUUCACCGUGUAUGAUGGAUGGUAAAUGUUCAAAACGAUAUCCACGGACAUUAAUAUCGGAAACAAUUACUGGUAAUGACGGUUAUCCAUUGUAUCGUCGCAGAUCGACAGCAGACAAUGGAAAAUCAACAAUUGUCAAAUUAAAUCAACAAGAUAUUGAAAUAGAUAAUCGUUGGAUUGUUCCAUAUUCACCCAUUUUAUCAAAGACAUUCAAAGCACACAUCAACGUUGAAUCUUGCCAUUCAGUGAAAUCUAUUAAAUACAUUUGCAAAUAUGUAACCAAAGGGAGUGAUAUGGCUGUGAUUGGAAUUGGUGCAGAGAAUUCCAAUGAUGAAGUUACCCAAUACCAAAUGGGCCGCUAUGUCAGUAGUAAUGAAGCAGUUUGGCGAAUAUUUUCUUUUCCUAUUCAUGAGAGACACCCUUCUGUUGUUCACUUAGCUGUGCAUUUAGAAAAUGGACAAAGAGUGUAUUUUACAGCACAGAACGCAGUACAAAGAGCUGCUCAGCCACCAUCUACUACAUUAACCAGUUUUUUUGAGACAUGCCAAAACGAUGAUUUCGCACAAACAUUGCUAUAUUCUGAAAUGCCAAAAUAUUAUACCUGGAAUCAAUCCUCAAGGAGAUUUAUACGACGGAAACAAGGAAAACCAGUUCCAGGAUAUACAGAUGUAUAUUCCACCGAUGCGAUUGGCCGGAUUUAUUCAGUACAUCCAAGCAAUGAUGAAUGUUUUUACUUACGACUGCUAUUAGUCAAUGUACGUGGCCCAACAUCAUUCCAACAGUUACGAACUGUUGAUGGUGAAUUGUGUGUAUCCUACAGAGAAGCCUGUCAACGUUUGCAAUUGCUUGAAAAUGACGCUCAUUGGGAUCAAACAUCAAACUCUCAAUGA